UUUAUGCUUUGAUUGUAAACAUGAACGUAACCACAAAAUACUCUCACGAUAACCUAUAAUACCACAUAAAAAAAAACACGGAAACCUCAAAUGUCUGCGUUAAUCAAAGCGAGAAGAUACUAAAGAGAGAUGGUCUAGAACGACCAAAGACACGACAUACAUAAACUCUUCCGUUUUUAGCGGUUUGCGCUAAGUGCUUUAAAAAGUUUAUUGAAAGGAGAUUCACAAAGAAUGUUACAGAAAUUAAUAUUGAAGUUAAAAAACAAUGUGCGACUGGCGCAGUUUCGCUCUCUGGCACAACUGUCAGCCAAUCUAAAAGAAAAUCCUGACAGGAUGCAGACGUGGCAAAUACAUUCGUAUAAUGGACCGGAAGAUUUGAAGUUCUCUAAUAUUAGAGUGCCAAUGAUCAGGCAUCCAACAGAUGUCUUGGUAAAAAUUGAGGCUGCUAGUGUAAAUCCCAUUGAUGUUGCAAUGACAAAUGGUUAUGGUACAACAGUUCUAAACUUAAUGCGUAAAGUCAAAAAUUUGGGACAAAGUGAAUAUGACGAAUUGGAGUUGCCAUUGACAUUAGGCAGAGACUUUGCAGGAGUAAUUGUGUCAAAAGGACAUGGUGUAGGAAACAGACUCAAGUUGGGUGAAGAAGUUUGGGGAGUAGUUCCAAUAGAACAACAGGGAUCUCAUGCAAAUUAUACUGUGGUUGAUAGUAAUUUAGUAAGUCCACGUCCUAAAAAUUUGUCUUAUAUUGAGGCCGCAAGUAUUUUAUAUGCUGGAUUGACAGCAUGGUCUGCAUUGUGGAUCACAGGAGGAUUAUCUUACAAAAUGAUAGUAGCUACAAAAAUGAAUAGACGUGUCUUGGUUAUGGGAGGUUCAGGAGGUGUUGGAACGUUGGCUAUACAACUCUUGAAAGCAUGGAAUAUGAUUGUAAUCAGUACUUGCAGUACUGAUGCUGUAGAUACUUUGAUGAAUUUAGGUGCUGAUAUUGUCAUUGAUUAUAAACAGAAUGACGCAGAUGCAAAAAUUAUUUCAGAAGGCCCGUAUGAUAUAAUCUUGGAUUGCGCUAAUCAAGGGCCAGAGCUCGUCAAGACAAAAAGAUAUCCAUACAAUACUUACAUAGCAUUAAAUCCGCCAUUAUUAAAAAAUAUUGAUCAACAUGGGCUUAUUGUGGGAAUGGCAAAAAAUAUUGGCGAUCUUUUAAAGUUUAAUAUUCCAACAUUAGAGAACAAAAGCUGUGUGAAGUGGGGAUUUUUUGUGCCUUCCCGAACGGGUAUGAACGUCAUUCAAAAAUUGGUGGAAGAUGGAAAAAUUGUUCCUGUUGUUCAACAAGUAUACUCUUUUCAAGAUUUGCCGCUGGCAUAUAAAAGAAUGAAGGAAGGUCAUCUAAGAGGUAAAUUAGUUAUUGAUAUAAAAUAGUAGUUGUAAUAAUAAGUUAGAUUAUAUAUAUAAUUUUGUUUACAUUGUAU